AUGUCUCCCGCCAUGAAGAGCUGGUCCGUUCUCACCUCACUCCUCAUCCUCCUCUUCGGCCUCAUGGCCUCAGCAACCCUUCAAAACAACGAGCCUCUCCAAGCAUUCACGACCCCCGAGCUGCGCGCCGAGCGUCUCGCCGUCCGUGAUCCCAAGGGUGGCAAGGGUGGUGGAGGCGGCAGCAGCAGUCACAGCAGCAGUGACAACGGCCUCACAAGCUGCCCGAACGGCGGUUCCACCUGCAGCGAGUGCUUUGGCACUGGAUACAUUUCGUGCAUCAGCCCACGCAAUGUCUGCUACAACCCCUCCACCCAAACACGAAGUCAGGUGUGCGUGUCCUCGUCGACAUCAGAUGCGUCGCAGCUUGUCGCUGGUCCGUUGGCGCUUGGCGCUCUUGGGUUGGCUAUUGCUAUGCUGUGA